UCGGCCAAGGCGCAGAGCUGCGGGCGCCAGCACAGCGGAGUCGCCUCCCGGCCCGGCCCGGCCCUGCCCCGCCCGAGGUCUCCUGGUUCCAGGUCCCCGGCCGACGUGCCCGCCCGGUCCCGCGCCCGAGGCCCGCGCCAUGCCGCUGCGAAGCCCUGGCCUGCUCUUGCUGCUGCUCGGCAGCCUGAGUGCUGAGAUUCAACAAACGGAAGUCAGAGCGAAGGUGGGCAGUGACUGUUUGCUGAGCUGCAUGUACCCCGAGAGGCUGGAUUUCGACCUGGAUGACGUGUACGUUUACUGGCAAAUCAGUGAGUCCAACACCGUGGUGACGUACCACAUCCCCAAAAACAACUCCUCGGGCCAAGCUGACAGCCGCUACCAGGGCCGGGCCCACCUGUCGCUGGACAGCGUGAGGCAGGGCGACUUCUCACUGCACUUACGAAACGUCACUCUGCAGGAUGCGCAGAGGUUCACCUGCUUAGUGUUCAGGAAGUCCCUGAGCAUGAGAGAGGUUCUGAGAGCCGUGGUGUCGCUGCGUGUGGCAGCCAACUUCAGCAUGCCCGUGGUCAGCAGGCUUGUGGCCAGUGCCCCCCACCAGGACCAGGCGCUCACCUUCACCUGCACAUCCACUGACGGCUACCCGCGGCCCAACGUCUACUGGAUCAACAAGACAGACCACAGCCUGCUGGACAGGGCGCUGCACAACGACACCGUGUCCUUGAACGCGCGGGGCCUGUACGACAUGAUCAGCGUGCUGACCGUCCCCUGGGCGCCCGGCCUGAGCGUGGGCUGCUGCGUGGAGAACAUGCUCCUGCAGCAGAACCUCACGAGCAGUGGCCCCGCAGAGCCUUCCACCGGAGGGAACGCAGGCAGGAUCACAGAGACCCCGGCCCUGCCCCCCGGGCAGAGAGGCACCGCCGUCCUGGGCAUUGUCGCUGUCCUGGUAGUGGUGGUGCUGGUGGCCGUGGCCAUCACCUGGGCCAGAUGUGGUCAUAGAAGCUACACAGGUGCCCGCCCUGUGACCCACGAGCAGGAGCUCACAGACCAUGCCUGACAGGAACUCACUGCCCAGGACAUGGGCGGGGCAUCUUCAAGAUGCUGCCCCACGGGGUCAGGUGCUGCUUGAGAAUGGACCCCCCACCCCGGGCCUGGUGGCAACGAGAACAGCAGGCUGGGGCCCCCGCACGUGCUGUGUGAGGACAGGAGCUGCCGGCCUUGCGGGGGCACAGGGGCUGCCCCUGACCCAGAGGGAAGCCUGUGCAUGGUGGCAGCAGCCGGGAGGGACUGUAGUGCCCAAGUGGAGGCCACCCAUCCUCAGCGCCGCACGGAUGCCGAGAGCACCAGGACUUGGCGCUAGGCUCUGGCCACACCCAGCCCAGCCUGGCAGUCGCAGUCUCAGACUGAAGGAAGAGCUUUGGGUUCACAGUGAGGAGAGCAGAGGACGCCUGCUGUCUGCAGAGACUCGGUGGGAGGGCUCGCUGGCUGCCCUCCUGUGCUGGGAGAUCCUGUGUGCAAAUGUGUGCACACUGCUUGGGUGAGUGUGUAUGCACUGAUGUGGGAAAUGGUCCACACUGCAGACCCUGGGACCCCCCCGAGCUUCACCUCCUCUGCCAUCUCCAGCAAGAGGGAAAUGGACCUUGCUAGUGUUGCCCAAAGCUAAGUGGAAUUCUGUCCAAAGAAAGCCACUGUGCACCAGGCUGCCCUACAGCUGGCUCUGCAGAGGGACAGCAGUGCAGCGCCUUCCCGGAAGCACAGUGUGGUUCAGGGAUUGAAGCCAGUCCCGUACCCAGAGGACUCCGGGUGCCAAGGUCUUCGCCCAGCCUCGGUGGUCCUGCCAUGCCCAGGCCACCUGGACUCAGCCCACCAGCUUCCUCAGAGGCCCCAGCACACCAGGGACAGGGCCAAGCUCCCACAGGGUGUCUGCGGCUGCAGAGUGGACCGAGAGACUUGCUGUCCUCCAGAGGGUCUAGAACGGAGCUGCCAGGUGACCUGGCUGUGCGCAGGAGCUGCAGUGGGCAGCGCGGUCCCCCAGGGACACAGGUCCGUGGCCCUGCUUGGUCAGGUGCACUGCCCCCUUCCUUGGGAGGCCCUGAGGUAACAGCCACUCGCACUGGCAGGCGCAUGAGCCUUGUGUCCCUCGGCCCCAGGCAGGACAGGCAUGAGAGUGGUGGGCACUGGUGGGUGAAGAGCUUAGUUUCCUGGCGGAGUCCCCGCGUGGGCUCCGGAUGUGGCUGAACAGGGGCCCAGACGCCUGCCUGAGAGCAUUAAAACAUGGCGCUGUUGC